AUGGUGUGUGGCAAAAAGUCGGAGGUGAACUCUCUGGCCAUGCUCAAAUACUUAUUGAAGGUCAUUCAGCUCGCUGAGAAACGAAACGUUCAAGCAGCUGUAAUCUAUGACCAUAAAUACCGCGGUUCCUUAAUAGGAUACCACCAACAAGGUCACUCGAUUGCUGACGUUCUGGAGAAGGAUUUAGACCCAUCUAUGUACAUUUCUGCCCAGUUUGGUGGUUUAGAGGAUACUGAUCAAAUCUUCGGUAACGACGAGAAUAAGGAGUCGAAGAAAGAUUCGAAGAGAAAACUCUUCGAGCGUGGUGCGUGUAUCUUCUACCAAACUGGAUCUUGCAACAGAGGGGAAAAAUGUCCCUAUAAACAUGUCUUGUUGAAAGACACAAAGAAAGGUCGCUCCUUCUUUUACCCUGAUGUGAAGAGCCGUCCUUCUGAACCUCGCAGGUCGGAGUCAAAAAACUAG